UUCGUCAAGAGAGAAAUUUCAUAAACUCGUAAAUAAUCUGCUGGCGUCUUCCCCCUCUCCUUCUGACGCUCCAAAUUGUUUUUUUUAUAAAAUUGCGAUAAAAAAACCACGUCAGUCAACAGUCUUGUGUGGCACUAGUGCAAAACAAGUCGUGAUAGGACGUAGAAAACUCCUGGAAGUCCUCUACAUAAAGCCAUCAACAAUGUCACAAUUUCUGGGCAAAGUUGUUCUGAUAACCGGUGCUAGUUCCGGCAUUGGAGCAGCAACAGCGAUACAUUUAUCAUCACUGGGUGCCUCUCUCUCGUUAACCGGUAGAAACCUUGAGAAUCUCGAGAAAGUGGCUGCCCAGUGUAAAGCUCCAAAGCCGUUUAUCCUCCCUGGGGAACUGACCAAUGAAGAGGAUACCAAGAGGAUUCUAGAGUCGACCAUCAAACAUUAUGGAAAACUGGAUGUUUUAAUUAAUAAUGCUGGGACCAUUGAACGUGGGAGCAUUGAAAAUACCAGCCUGGAACAGUACGACAGAGUUUUCAAUUUGAAUGUUCGCUCGAUGUAUCAUUUGACGAUGCUAGCAACUCCACAUCUGAUUGAGACGAAGGGAAAUGUUGUUAAUGUUUCAAGUGUCAAUGGAUUGAGAUCAUUCCCAGGUGUUUUGGCAUAUUGCAUGAGUAAAUCAGCUGUUGACCAGUUUACACGCUGUGUGGCCAUUGAAUUAGCUGCUAAACAGGUGAGGGUGAACGCUGUAAAUCCAGGAGUAGUGAUAACAAAUCUCCACGAGAGAAGUGGAAUGAGCCCCGAGGAACUGCAAGCCUUCUUCGAGCGCAGCAAGACGACUCAUGCUCUUGGCAGACCUGGCCAACCUGAGGAAGUUGCCAGAACGAUUGCUUUCCUGGCAAGCGACGAUGCAAGCUUCAUAACUGGAGCGACAUUACCUGUUGAUGGAGGCAGACACGCUCUCUGUCCCAGAUAAACUCAUAAACUACCUUCACAAUGUAAUAUUUUCCCUUAUUUUUUUACUUGGAGAAUAAAGAGGAAUAUUUUGUACUGAAUAAAAGCUUCACCAUGA